CAUCCAAUCAUCCUCAUCUCUAACGUUUCUCCGAACUUCACCCAAUCAAUUCAACUCAAGAUUCAUUUCUCUCCAUGUCCAUCUUCAUCAACAUCGGAUCUAGUAAUUGUGUUAUCAGAACUACCACCAACAUGGUAAUAUGGUAGGUGUGGGGAUUCGUUGACCAAACUGAUCUUGCAUAUAGUCUGCAUCCCUGAUCAUUUUGGUUUUGUUGAAUUAAUUGAUAUCAUGGCAGAGGUUGUUGUUCGUCGGGCAUUUCUUUCCCCCGUCAUUCAAUUGAUUUGUGAGAGAUUAGCUUCAACAGAUUUGAGUGACUACUUCCAUGAAAAGCAUGUGAAAAAACUUGAAAUCACAUUGGUUUCAAUCAAUAAAGUGCUUGAUGACGCAGAGACAAAGCAGUACGAAAAUCUAGACGUAAAGAAUUGGGUUGAUGAUAUCAGGAAUAAGAUAUACGAAGUAGAGCAACUGUUGGAUGUCAUUGCUACUGACGCCGCACAACAAAAGGGAAAGAUACAACGCUUUCUUUCAGGUUCUAUCAAUCGAUUUGAAUCUAGGAUUAAAGUAUUGAUCAAGAGGCUAAAGGUUCUUGCAAAACAAAAUGAUAGAUUGCAACUUCAUCAGGAUUAUUGUUAUCAUGAAGAUGGAGCCAGCAAUUUUGGAACUUCAUCAUUCAUGAAUGAAUCUAUCAUAUAUGGUAGAGAGCAUGAGAAAGAAGAAAUAAUUGAUUUUUUACUUUCAUACAGUCACGGUGACAACCGGGUACCCAUAAUCAGUAUCGUGGGUCUGAACGGGAUAGGUAAGACAACCCUUGCGCAGCUUGUUUAUAAUGACCACAUGACGAGGGAUCAAUUUGAAGUUAUAGGAUGGAUCCAUGUUUCAAAAUCUUUUAACUAUCGUCAUCUCAUGAAAUCAAUUCUCAAGUCAAUUUCUUUAUCAACAUUAUAUGAUGAAGACAAGGAAAUACUUAAACAUCAAUUGCAACAGCGGCUAGCAGGGAAGAAAUAUUUGCUUGUUCUAGAUGAUGUAUGGAUCAAACAUUGGAAUAUGCUGGAGCAGUUACUACUUAUUUUUAACCCGGACUCUUUUCGAGGGAGGAUGAUAGUGACAACACAUGAUAAAGAAGUUGCAUCAGUCAUGAGAUCCACCCAGAUACUUCAUUUAAGGCAAUUGGAGGAGAGUGACUCUUGGAGUUUAUUUGUAAGACAUGCUUUUGAAGGCAGGAAUAUGUUUGAAUAUCCAAAUCUUGAAUCGAUUGGUAUGAAAAUAGUAGAAAAAUGUGGGGGGUCGCCUUUUGCUCUAAAAACAUUGGGGAUUCUCUUGCAAAGAAGAUUCUCUGAAAAUGAAUGGGUUAAGAUAUUAGAGACUGAUUUGUGGAGUUUACCUAAGAGUGACAGAAGCAUUUAUUCCUUUCUAAGACAGAGUUACCUUAACCUCCCUUCAAAUCUGAAGCAUUGUUUUGCAUAUUGUUCUAUAUUUCCCAAGGGUUAUAAGUUUGAAAAGGAUGGAUUAAUCAAGCUUUGGAUGGCACAAGGUUUGCUAAAGUGUUGCGGAAAAGACAAAAAUGAAGAAGAGUUGGGUAAUGAAUUCUUUGAUCAUCUAGUGUCAAUGUCAUUUUUCCAACAAUCAGCAAUUAUGCCAUUAUGGGCUGGUAAGUACUAUUUCAUCAUGCAUGAUCUUGCCAGUGAUUUAGCGAAAUCAUUGACAGGAGAAUCCCACUUACGAAUAGAGGGUGAUAACGUGCAAGAUAUCCCUCAAAGGACACGUCACAUUUGGUGCUGCCUUGAUUUGGAAGAUGGUGAUAGAAAACUAAAGCAGAUUCGUGACAUUAAAGGACUACAGAGUCUGAUGGUAGAAGCACAAGGCUAUGGUGACCAGCGCUUUCAGAUAAGCACCGAUGUUCAGCUUAAUUUGUUUUUUAGACUAAAAUAUUUGCGAAGGUUGUCUUUCAAUGGUUGCAAUCUCUUAGAGCUAGCUGAUGAGAUAAGAAAUUUAAAGCUUCUACGAUAUCUAGACCUUUCUUACACCGACAUUACAAGCUUACCUAAUUCCAUUUGUAUGCUGUAUAAUUUGCAUACGCUCUUACUGGAAGAAUGUUUUAAAUUGACUGAGCUCCCAUCAAAUUUUGGCAAACUCAUCAAUUUACGUCAUCUUAAUUUGAAAGGCACACAUAUCAAGAAGAUGCCAAAGGAGAUAAGAGUAUUAAUCAAUCUUGAGAUGCUGACUGAUUUUGUUGUGGGAGAGCAACAUGGAUAUGAUAUUAAGCUGUUGGAAGAACUUAACCACCUUAAAGGAAGGCUUCAAAUUUCAGGGUUGAAGAAUGUGACCGAUCCAGCAGAUGCUAUGGCAGCAAAUUUGAAAGAUAAGAAACAUUUACAAGAAUUAAUCAUGUCAUACGAUGAAUGGAGAGAAAUGGAAGGCUCAGAAACUGAAGCACGUCUCUUGGUCUUGGAGGCUCUUCAACCAAAUAGAAAUCUCAUGAGGCUCACCAUCAAUGACUACAGAGGUAGUAGCUUUCCAAAUUGGCUUGGGGAUCAUCAUCUACCCAAUUUAGUAUCUCUUGAAUUGUUUGGAUGUAAACACUGUUCCCAGUUGCCACCACUUGGGCAGUUCCAUUCUCUCAAGAAGCUUUCCAUUUCCGGCUGUCAUGGAAUAGAGAACAUUGGUUCAGAGUUUUUCGGCUAUAAUUAUGCUGCAUUUAGAUCCCUUGAAACUUUGCGGGUGGAGUAUAUGUCUGAAUGGAAGGAAUGGUUAUGCCUUGAAGGUUUCCCUUUGCUUCAAGAGCUUUGUCUAAAACAAUGUCCCAAGUUGAAAAGUGCUCUGCCUCAUCAUCUUCCUUGUUUGCAAAAGUUGGAAAUUAUUGAUUGCGAAGAGUUGGAGGCUUCAAUUCCCAAGGCUGCUAAUAUCAGUGAUAUAGAACUAAAGAGAUGUGAUGGCAUUUCGAUAAAUGAAUUGCCAUCAUGCUUGAUAAGGGCCAUCCUUUGUGGAACUCACGUCAUUGAAUCCACCCUAGAGAAAGUUCUAAUUAAUAGUGCCUUUCUUAAAGAGUUGGAAGUUGAAGACUUCUUUGGUCGAAAUAUGGAAUGGUUCUCUUUGUAUAUGUGUAGCUGUUAUUCCCUUCGCACUUUAACUAUAACAGGUUGGCACUCUUCUUCCUUGCCUUUUGCACUACACGUAUUCAACAAUCUUAAUUCUCUCGUGUUGUACGAUUGUCCAUUGCUGGAAUCGUUUUUUGGGAGGCAGUUGCCUUGCAACCUAGGCAGCCUCCGGAUAGAAAGAUGCCCUAAUUUGAUGGCUUCAAUAGAGGAGUGGGGUUUGUUCAAACUCAAAUCUCUGAAACAAUUAAGUCUUAGUGAUGAUUUUGAAAUCUUCGCAUUCUUGCCAAAGGAGACUAUGCUGCCAUCAAGUAUUACCUCUCUUGAGUUGACAAAUUGUUCCAACCUAAGAAAAAUAAACUACAACGGUCUUUUCCACCUCACUUCACUUGAAUCUCUAUAUAUUGAUGAUUGCCCUUGUCUUGAGAGCUUGCCAGAUGAGGGUCUACCCAGAUCCCUGUCUACUUUGUCAAUUCGUGAUUGUCCAUUACUUAAGAAGUUGUACCAAAAGGAGCAAGGAGAACGUAGGCAUACAAUUAGUCACAUUCCUGAUGUGACAAUUUCCUGAUUGGCAGCUGAUAUGAGAUGUUAUUGUAGCCAGUGCACGGUGUUUGUGAUAUAUGUUUCAAUGGUUUUUUUGACCGAUUACAUGUGACCUGAAACCAUGAUCUUUUGUUGCCAUCCAUUCUCAUUCGUGACCAAAUGAAUGGCAUGACCACCGCUCUCACACACAACCAGAAAUAUGUAGCUGUUUAUUCCACUUCCAGAAAGCUCAUGCAUGGUCCAAUUUUAGGCUCCACAUUUGGAUGUGUCGAUGCUGUGGCUUGUUGUGCAUGAUGUUCCCGGAAAAAAGAGGCGUGAGAAUUACUUGUUUCAACCAAUUAUAAGAAUGAUAAAUGCUGGUCCUGCUGGUGAGAUUCUCCCAGCCGUUUCAUCGUCAGUGGCGAGGAGAGAAUGCAGCUGAAGAACAAAAGCAAUUACAACAUCAUCUCAUAUUUUGGAAGACAAGUUUUAGAAAUCGACAUCUUUGAGUUUGCUAACUUUGGAUUAAACUGUAAAGGAAAAUCUAAGUUCCCUGGUUCUCUUUUUCCACCUCGUGCGUUCUGUUUAUGCCCAGCGACUGCUGCUGUCUAGGGCUGUGUUUGUGGAUCUGGUCUUGGGGAUUUUGUUAUUUUUUGAGUGGGUACCACCUAUAUACGGUGCCUUUUUAUUGUAUAGUUUUUUGACUGUUAAAAAGACGGCUGUCUAUCUAAUAUAUGGCCAGUCAAGUACAAAUGGAGCCAUUACCUGAACUAGAAGUGAAAUGAAAUCAUCACCUAAUGUGAAAAGGGAGAUAUCACUUAUUGUCAAGAAUGGAAGAAUGUUUAUGCUUGGGCACGCCUUUUUUUUUAAAUUUCAAUUCCCUUGUAUGUAUCUUGUGAUAUUUUUCUUGGGAAGGAGAAAUCCAUAUCAAUUUGUUGCCAAUGAAUGAAGUGUCGUCAAUUUGAA